GCUCUUUUACCAAACCGUUAAACGUAAAAUUUAUACUUCUGUAUGAAAGUAAUAAAUAUAAUCUAUUAACAUCAUAAUAAUCAUAAAUACAUGAGAAAAAAACAAAAUAAUAAUAAGAAGCUUGCAAAUAAAAGUAUUUGCUCUCCCUCGCACUCACUAAAGCGAAUGUGAUCUCUGCUCGCUCACUCAUUAUGCUGCCGACGAAAGCUUGCGUCUCGCUUUCUGUUUAUUCCGUUUUGAACCGUUACCCGUAACGGUUCGCGCUGCUCCCGGGGAAAAAAAAUUUUUACAAUUCGGGAUAAAAUCUGUGCUCCGUUUAGUGAUUAGUUAGUGCCAGUGAUUUGUUUACGUUUAAUUCAAUUAGUGCAACAAACUUCGCCGUGCUGUGCAUAGCUGUGAAGGUGCAGGAGAGUCGUUCCCAUCAUCUAACGGUAAAUUAAAUUAUUCCCACGUUUCUGCGGUGUGUGCGGGUGUGUACAAGUGUGUGUGAGCGAGCGCCUGCGAGUGUGUAGGUGCCGGCUGCUGUUUGCACGUCGGAAGCCUUCGCCAUGGUCGUCAAGGAAAUACCCCUCCACGAGAAUCUCAGCAUGGAGAAUCGCUCUACCAAUGCUGCCACGCCCACCACGACCACAACAUUCUCACGACCAGGGCGUCGCUUUCAUCUCUCCCUGACCACUGCCAUCCUGCUGGCCUCCUUUUUCAUCUGUACCCUGCUGGCCGUAGGCUUUAUUGUCUACAACUUUGCAACUUGUGCCCAGCUAGAACCAGCGCCGGGCGAGGACAUCGUCUGCACCAGUGUCCAUCUGAGGAAUAAGCUGAAGUCGGGCCAGGAAGAUGAAAGGCCCAAGUAUGACCGAGAUGUCAGACUACCGCGCUCCAUUCGCCCACUGAAGUACAACAUAACGCUGGAGCCGCUGCUUAGCGGGAACUUCAGCUUCACCGGCAGCGUCCAAAUCCGGAUCAAAGUGCUGGAGGAUUGCUACAACAUCACCAUGCAUGCCGAAGAACUCAACAUAUCGCGCCACGACGCCUCCGUUCGUCGGGUGUUGCCCAAUGGGGAGCUGGAUGGGGAUAGCCUAAGGAUCCAUAAGCAGUACCUAGUGGGUGCGAAGCAGUUCUUCGUCAUUGAGUUGUAUGACAAGCUGCUGAAGGGCGCUGAGUAUGUGGUGUACCUACGCUUCGGCGGUAUCAUUGAGGACUACCUACAGGGAUUCUAUCGCAGCUCCUACGAGGUGCAAAAUGAAACAAGAUGGGUGGCCUCAACCCAGUUCCAGGCCACGGACGCCAGACGAGCCUUUCCCUGCUUCGAUGAGCCCGCCUUGAAGGCCAACUUCACCCUACAUAUAGCUCGACCGCGGAACAUGACCACUGUCUCCAACAUGCCCAUUGUGGCCACCAACGAUCACGCCACCCUGCCCAGCUACGUGUGGGAUCACUUUGCGGAAUCGCUGCCCAUGUCUACAUACCUGGUGGCCUAUGCCAUAUCCGACUUCACGCACAUUUCCUCGGGUAAUUUUUCAGUGUGGGCAAGAGCGGAUGCCAUCAAGUCGGCGGAGUAUGCCCUAAGUGUGGGCCCCAGGAUUCUUACAUUCCUGCAGGACUUUUUCAACGUGACAUUCCCUUUGCCCAAGAUCGAUAUGAUUGCUUUGCCAGAGUUCCAGGCAGGAGCCAUGGAGAACUGGGGUCUUAUUACCUUCAGGGAGACGGCUAUGCUGUACGAUCCAGGGGUGGCCACGGCCAACAACAAACAGCGUGUGGCCUCGGUGGUGGGCCACGAGUUGGCCCAUCAGUGGUUCGGUAACCUGGUAACGCCCAGCUGGUGGUCUGAUAUCUGGCUGAACGAAGGAUUCGCUAGCUACAUGGAAUAUCUGACGGCCGAUGCAGUUGCCCCCGAGUGGAAACAAUUGGAUCAGUUUGUGGUCAACGAAUUGCAGACGGUAUUCCAGCUGGAUGCUCUCUCCACAUCCCACAAGAUCUCGCAUGAAGUGUUCAAUCCACAGGAGAUCUCGGAGAUAUUCGAUCGCAUCUCCUACGCCAAGGGAUCGACCAUUAUUCGCAUGAUGGCGCACUUUCUCACGAAUCCAGUGUUCCGUCGCGGGCUUAGCAAAUAUCUGCAGGAGAUGGCCUACAACUCCGCCACCCAGGACGAUCUUUGGCGCUUCCUCACCAACGAGGCCAAAUCUUCUGGAUUGCUGGAUCACAGCCGUAGUGUGAAAGAGAUCAUGGAUACAUGGACCCUGCAAACGGGUUACCCGGUGGUUAAGGUAUCCCGGCAUCCCAACUCCAAUGUCAUUCGUCUUGAGCAAGUGCGCUUUGUGUACACCAAUACGACCAGGGAGGACGAGAGCCUGCUAUGGUGGAUUCCCAUCACUUUUACCACUGCUGCGGAGCUGAAUUUCGCCAACACUCGGCCGACCACAUGGAUGCCACGCACCAAGUUGUACGAGCUAGAGAACCGUAACCUCUCCACCGCCAAGUGGUUCAUCUUCAAUAUCCAGCAGACGGGCUACUACCGAGUGAACUACGACCUGGACAACUGGCGAGCUAUCACCGGACAUCUGAUGGAUAGGGAACACUUUGAGGAAAUCGCACCAGCCAAUCGAGCACAACUGAUUGACGAUGUUCUGAAUCUGGCCCGGGGAUCCUACCUCUCCUAUGACACUGCCAUGAAUCUUACCCGCUACUUGGCGCACGAGACGGGACAUGUGCCCUGGAAGGCGGCCAUUAGCAACUUUAUCUUCAUCGAUUCCAUGUUUGUAAACUCUGGAGAUUACGAUCUAAUUAAGAACUAUUUGCUAAAGCAACUAUCAAAGGUCUACGAACAGGUGGGCUUUCAGGACUCGGCGGAUCCAGCGGAUAUAUUGGUGCAGCUUAAGCGUGCUGAUGUCUUGGGCAUGGCCUGUCAUUUGGGCCAUCAGGAGUGCAUCGCGGAGGCCAGCAGACACUUCCAGAACUGGGUGCAGACUCCCAAUCCGGAUGCCAAUAAUCCCAUAGUUCCGAAUCUCCGUGGUGUCGUUUACUGCUCGGCCAUCCAGUAUGGCACGGAGCAUGAGUGGGACUUUGCAUUUGAGCGUUACCUAAAGACCAAUGUGCCCGGAGAAAAGGACCUGCUGCUGAGUGCCCUAGGCUGUUCCAGGGAGCCAUGGCUGCUCUAUCGUUUCCUGCGUCGUGGCACAGCCGGCCAGCAUAUCCGUAAACAGGAUCUUUUCCGGGUAUUUGCUGCUGUUUCUAACACGGUGGUGGGUCAGCAGAUAGCCUUUGAUUUUCUGCGCAACAACUGGCAGGAAAUCAAAACCUACAUGGGUAACCAGAUGUCCAACAUCCACACACUCUUCAAGUUCACCACGAAGCGCUGGAACACCAAGUUCCAGCUGAGCGAGUUCGAGAACUUUGUAAAGGAUGCCCAUUGGGACUACGACCGGCCCAUCCAGCAGAUCGUCGAACAGAUUGAGACGAGCGUGGAUUGGAUGAACAAGAACUACAAGUCCAUUGUCAAGUGGUUGGAGAAUGAAUCGGCACGGGCGUAAGGGGAGCGGGGAGCGGAUAGCAAUGAUCCGGCGGCUUGGCUGGAUCAAGCAAGGCUGCAACCAGUAUUAAAAUGUUCCGCAGCUGCAAUUACGCAUUUAUGUCUAGUUUUUUAUCGAGUUUUCGCCAAAGAUCGAUCGUCCAGAGAGAAGAGAGCAUCAUCACUUUUUUAUUAACCCCUUUUCUUCAUAAAAAUUAUGAGCGAGUCUUUUAAUUUUAAUUUUAUUCUGUAAUUACUUGUACUUGUACUUAAAUGUAAAAUGUAAAUGGAAUUAUAUCAUUGUUCGUCACAAAA